AUGUCAGCAGGCUGCCUGCAGAGUGAGGAAGUAAUAGAAAUCACCAAACUCUCGGGCGAGUCUGUUCUCCUGCCAUGCUCCUGUGGUGGGGUCACUCAGGCAUUCCCACAGGAUGCCGUCAGAUGGCUGAAAGAACAGCCACCUUCCCAUCUGGAGAUAUACCCAAACACACAUGAGGACUACGCAGGGCGGAUUAAGAUGUCUCAUGAGGUCUCUCCUGGAGAUUUCUCUUUGCUCAUAUCACACCUGACUAAGAAAGAUGAGGGACCCUACCGAUGUGAAAUCUUACAUCACUUUUACAGAGACAUUAGACUGCGAAUUGCAGCAGCACCAGUAACUACAAAACCUGAAGUAACAACUCCAGAGACACAAGCACCAGUAACCAAAGGAAAAGAUGAUGAAACCAAGUCCCCAUCAUACUUGUUCAUCCUUGGUGCGGUGCUGCUGUUGCUGUUACUGCUGGGAGGAGCCGCUUUCUUAUAUUUAAGGCAUAAACGUCUCAGAGGGAAAACGCCACACUCCACAAGGAUCCAUAGCGAUAGACAGAACAAGAGCGAAGACACAGAGACAGAUAACAGAGAUGAUGUCACCUACACCACUGUGGUCCAUGGUGCAAACCCCAACGUAGCCCAAGUGAGGAUGAGCAUCGAUGACAGGACAGAGUACGCCUCCAUCAGGACCACUUGAGCUAACUUGCCCCACCACUUCCACCCCACUUCUACCUACCGUUUACGGUCCUUGAGACUGUCUUAUCUAGCCCCCGAUAUAAUUUUUUUUAAUGCAGUUUUACGCAAAAUAUGACAUGUUUUGUAUAGAAAUGUUAGAAAUUACAUUUGCAAUAUAAGUAAGUUACAUUUUCAGGGGACUGAAGGUGGGGGCUGCUGUAAAGGUGGCCAUCUUCAAUAUGGGCCUGAAGUCCAGGGGAAAUUACUGGUUUGUGUUAAUAGUACUACCCUUGAAGGACUUUAUAUAAAUUGAAGUGGCCCUUGAAUGAAAAUGGUUCCCCACCCCUGACUUAGAGACUCUGUGACCAAAUAGACUCCAGAAGGUAUUAGAUCAACUCUCUAAGUGUUAAGUUUACACUGCAUUGUUUUUUUUAUUGUGUACACUUCCUCUUACUGUACGUCACCUCUGUGCCUUCUAUCAUCUAAAAAUAUUUCAGACCUAGGAUGCAGUAGGCAGUUCAUAAUAAUUACAUCCUAUUAAACAUUUAUUUUGCAUUCAAUAUCUACCUUUGGCCUCAAUUCCGAAUACUUUGUAUCCCGAAUACUUUGUACUGUAAUGACAAAUAAAGCUAAUUCAUUCA